AUGAUGGAUCCGCAUCGGCUUAGGUCCCUUCGCUUUGGUCAGGACCCUACUGGCGGCGAUGGAAACAACGGAGACGACGGGAACGGAGACGGUAGUAACGGCGGCGGUGAAGAAGAUGGGGGCUCCGGUGGCGACGAUCCUAACAGCCCUAAUUACGUCUCUGGCUUCACAUACCAGGGAUGUUACCAGGCCACACAAGAUGACGGACUGCGACUCCUCCGUGGCCCCAACGAGCAACGCGUUGGAGACCUGACCAGAGAAAGCUGUGAGAGCUUCUGUGCAGGCUCAACAGGAGCGCCGUUCAAGUACUUUGGUAUCGAGGCCGGUCGUGAUUGCCGUUGCUCCAACACUCUGAGCUGGGACAAUCCAGAAGACGACGCUUCCCUAUGCACAACACAGCUCACCGGAGACCCCAACCACACCGCCGGCGGUAGCAACCGUAUCUCCGUUUGGCAGAACGAUGCCUACAACGGGGAAUACCAGGACUUCCAGGACUUCCAGGACUACCAGGAGCCAAUGGAGGAGGAGCUGGAGGGCCAGGUGGAGCAGGUGGAGCAGGUGGACCGGGCGGAGGACCAGGCGGCGCAGGAGGACCGGGUGGCGCAGGAGGAGCCGGCGGAGCUGGAAAUGGGAUAG